GACCGGAAUUUAUUGACAUUACUUGGAACGCUGGUGGAACUUCAUCACAGUUAACAAGUGAAAUCGUAUCUACUGCUCAAUCUGUAUAUGGUUUAGAAACUGUUAUGCAUCUCACGUGUACAAACAUGCCCAAAGAAAAAAUUGAUAAAGCUCUCAAGGAUGCUAAAGAUUGCGGAUGUCAGAAUAUUCUUGCUCUUCGUGGUGAUCCUCCACGAGGUCAACUUAACUGGGAAGCUUGCGAAAAGGGUUUCUCCCAUGCUAUCGAUCUUGUCCGUUAUAUUCGUGCGCAAUAUG